GUCUCUUCGCCAAGCCCCAAUGCUACGGUUGCCUCCUCUGUCUGCCUUCUCUCCGACUCUUUAGCCUCCUCUCCAAGCUCCAAUGCUACAGUUGCCUCCACUGUCUCAAUCUUCUCUCCAGACUCCAUGACCAAGAAGGGACGUUCGACCCUCUCCAGUCUCCAAGCUCACGUCACCGUCAUGGCGUCACCAAGGCACUACUCAUCGCUGCCUUUCUCCUCUCCACAUCUCCACCAGAAUGGUUCAAACUUCACCGCAAGAUCUGCAAUCGUGAGCUUGUGUGAUGUGAUAUGUAAGGGUUUUGGUCAUGGACCUUCUCUUCGAACACCUUAUGAAAGACAAUGGUUUCCUCCUGGGAGGCAUCAAUGGAUCCACUCUGCUCAGUUUCUAUAUGUGGCUGACAAAGGUAUGGGGCCAGCAGGGCAUUGUGGAGGCAGUACAAUUAUUGCUGGUGCAGGCGACACAAAAGGUAAUGCUAAAGUAAAGAGGAAGAAAUUGAAGGGAAAACGAGCAGUUGUAAGGUGGUUGAAGUUUUUCAGAUGGAAGAAGAAGAAAGAGUAUCAAAGGAUGACGGCAGAGGAAAAGAUUUUGUACAAAUUAAAAAAGGCUCGCAAGAAAGAGGAAAGGCUUGUGGAAUCUCUAAAAAAAAUUGAACCUUCAGAGUCAUGUGAAACAACUCAUGAUCCAGAGAUAUUGACACCAGAAGAGCAUUUCUUCUUUUUGACAAUGGGCCUCAAGUGCAAGAACUAUGUGCCAAUUGGAAGACGAGGAAUAUAUCAAGGUGUAAUUCUGAACAUGCACUUGCACUGGAAGAAACACCAAACGCUAAAGGUAGUCGUGAAGACAUUCUCACAUGAGGAGGUUAAGGAGAUUGCCGCUGAGUUGGCAAGAUUGAGUGGAGGGAUUGUUCUCGACAUCCAUGAAAAAAACAUAAUAAUCAUGUACAGAGGGAAGAACUAUUCUCAACCACCAACAGAGAUAAUGUCACCCAGGAUCACCCUAUCUAGGAAGAAGGCUUUGGAUAAAUCCAAAUACAGGGAUGGCCUCCGUGCUGUUGGGAAAUAUAUUCCAAGACUUGAGCAGGAUCUUGAGUUGCUCCAGGCUCAGGCUAAAAACAAGACUGGAAAUGAAGAAAAUGAUGUUGAAGAGACGUACGAGGCUGACAAUGACAGUAAAAAAAUUGAAGCUAUUUCAAACCUGCUGCCUGAGAAUUCCGAGAAGCUGAGAGGGAGGAUUACUGAAAAUGACGAAUGCUCUGAGGAUCCUCUCAUGGACACGGGCAUGGGAUCAGAUUCUGAAGCUUUGUCUGAUAUUUUCGAGACGGACUCCGACUCAGAGAUGGAGCAGCCUCUUUACUUGAAUGAGUUUGAAAAGUUUCCAGGAGUUGGUGGUCGUGGAGGAGAAGAUUUUGAGGAACACCUAUGUCAAGUAUCUGCAGACUGGAGGAAGGUCAAAUCGCUUGGGAAGGAUGCUGAGUUACCAGAAUUUGAUGAGGUUGACCAAGUUUUUCUGCGUGCCGCGUCUCUGUUAAAAAAGAGGAAGUGAAGUAUCUCUAAACUCUAGUAGUGCUCCAUUGGAUGAGUGAACGUUUAUUUUCAUAUUUCUUCAUUUUCCUCUUCAUUUGUUUGCUUCUUGUUCUUGCUUUUUGUUUUUUGUUUUUUCAUCUUUGUUUUUGUUUUUGGUGGUUUGGCGCCAACGUUGGCCAUCAGAAUCUCAACCUGCUCACUUGACAGCCCACAAUUUGUACUAGCUCGACAAAUGGAAGAGAGGGAGAGAGAGAGAGAUAUAUAAUCUUAUUUGGUCUUGGAUUUUUAUACCCUAUUUUCUACUAACAAUAAACCCUUAUCAAAUGCUUAGUAUCUUGGAA